CAUACACAGCAAACAGAACCUGUUUGGAUGUGAACAAGGAGUGUGUUGAAGAUGAAGUAUGUAACAAACAGUUGUCCCUGUACCUUAAGGUUUGCUCAGUAAAUAAGAAGUGCGACAUGGAAGAAUGUCAAGCAGCCAUAAGAUUCUUCUACCAAAACAUGCCUUUUGAAGUCGCCCAAAUGAUGACAUUUUGUGAUUGUGUCCCGUCUGAUGAAUCCUGCCACAGAGCCAAAGACCUUCUCCAUGCAUACACAGCAAACAGAACCUGUUUGGAUGUGAACAAGGAGUGUGUUGAAGAUGAAGUAUGUAACAAACAGUUGUCCCUGUACCUUAAGGUUUGCUCAGUAAAUAAGAAGUGCGACAUGGAAGAAUGUCAAGCAGCCAUAAGAUUCUUCUACCAAAACAUGCCUUUUGAAGUCGCCCAAAUGAUGACAUUUUGUGAUUGUGUCCCGUCUGAUGAAUCCUGCCACAGAGCCAAAGACCUUCUCCAUGGCAAGCCCUGUGCAGUCACUGCAGUUCCACCCCCAUCAUGUCUGAAUGUAAUCCACAUGUGCGAAGAGAAUGAGUUGUGCAGGAAAAAAUACACAGCUUUUCGGUCAAAGUGUUGGAGACACAUGACAAAAAAAUGCUACGACGAUGAAGCUUGUCUUGAAACUUUAAUCAAGGAUGACAUCCCCUGUUCUGCAAAUGCUGAUUGCAAAGCAGCCUACAUCAGCAACUGGGGCACGAUGCUGCGCGUGGAGUGUACCUGCCACAAUUUGCCUCCUGCAGAGCAGUCUUUGUGUGAGCUCUUCCACCACAUGCUUCACAGCAAAUCCUGCUUCAGUGAGCUACGUCAAAUUUCCAUUAAGAAGAAAGGUUUUCAUUGGGUAAAUACAGAAACGCCAGGAGAAAAGCUUUCAAGAGCACAGUUCCAUUCUUCUUCAAUUGAUGGCGAAACAGUCUACAUUAUUGCCUACUCCUCCUGCAUAGUUCUCAUCCUAGGAAUAGUCCUGUUGACUCUCCUAAAGAUCAGAGCCUGCAGAAUAAAACAUGAGACAAGAAGUCCCUCGCCAGACCAUUCUUCUGAAACAUUUAUGGUCCAUUAUAAAAGUCACAGAUGA